AUGUCCAACAACGAAUCCAGAGUAAGCUAUAAUAAUAGAAAAUAUCUAGAAGUGUACGGGUACUUGUCGAAAAAUGUCACGUGGGAGAUUCAAGAGGAUCGACGUGAAUUUCUUUAUCAACUCGAUGCCGUCAUCAAAAAUUGGAAAGGCCAACUUCCAAAUCUUCUAGACUUCUUCCGGAAAGAAGUGAUUUAUUGGCUUUUAAUGGAAUCCACCACAGACGCAGAUGAAGACGCAGAUGAAGACGAAGAUGAAGACGCCAGCGAGACACCAGGGGAACGAUUCAUCGAUUUUGUGGCUCGCAGCGGCUUCAAAGAUGCGCCCGAGAUGGAUAAAGACGGAAAGCCUCUGUUGCGUCGCACCACAUUAGUCCAUCGUGCGUUUCGAAAUAAUCGCAGUUACUACUUAGUCUCUGAUCUCUUUAAAAUAUACGACAAAUUUAACGUAAAUUACAUGGACGAAGAUGGAUUAACACAUCUUCACGUGGCUUGCUGGUAUGGCCUCGACACCAUCGUCGAAAAAUUCCUUGAACUCGGGCAAGAUCCCAACGGCUUUUCUCAAGACAUGGGCGCGAGAUAUCCUGACCCGCCGCUAUACCUGGCUCUAUCCAGAGACCACGAGACGGUAGCCGAAUUGCUGCUGAGAAGAGGCGCCGAUUUGCCUAGAGCCAAUGUGGACGGAUAUACUUCUGUGCACAUGCUUGGCCCGAUCAAUCACAAUGAUGCCUUCCUUGAGACAUUUUUCGAGAUUGUCGAGGAGAAACAUCUGACGUUGCAGGUCAACGCCAUAAACUGUAAUGGCUUUGUACCGUUAAAUUAUAGUCUGGUGUUCAGGAACAAGAAACUGAUGGAAUUGCUGUUGAGACACGGCGCGAACCCAAAUUUGCGCAACGAAAAAGGAACUGCUCCAUUGCACCUCAUUUGCCUGCUAUGCUGCCACUUGGACAUGGGUGAGUUAUUAGCGACAUUUUUCGCCAUCAACGACGAACUCGGUAACACGAUCCAGGUCAACGCUCAGAAUAAAGACGGUGAAACACCAUUGCAGUAUGUCUUGGCUAUGCUGAGUGACGAAAACAACGAUCACAACUAUCAGGUUGACACACCAUCGCUCUUGGUUCAGCAGAAUUGCAAAAAAAAUGCAGUCGAACUGUUGCUGAGAAGGGGUGCUGACCCCAAUGUGGUCGACAAGAAAGGAUUUACCCCUCUGCACUAUGCAAUAUUUAAUGGCGACAUAAACUUGGUAGAAAUUUUGCUAAGAAGAGGCGCUCGAGCAAAUUUAGUCAACGAAAGAGGGGAGACUUGUUUGCAUAUUAUUUGCAGUAGUGACGACGACGACGAAAACAUGGCAAAGAUGUUAUUUCAGAUCUGCGACGUAAAACAUCAGACGGUUCAGGUAGACGCUCAGGACAAUGAGGGUUGGACACCAUUACUCGUGGCAAUAUACCAAGGAAACAUCAAUUUGGUAGAAUGUUUGCUAAGAAGAGGCGCUCGCCCGAACUUAGCUGAUAAUAAGAAAAUUACUCCUUUGCACGCAAUAUGCAAGAGAAAAAACGGCGACGAUGGCUUGCUGAAGAGAUUUUUCGAGAUCAACGACGAAUUAAAUCAGCUGGUGGAGGUCGACGCCAAGAACGAGGAGGGCUCGACGCCGCUACACUUGGCUCUAUCCCAUGCAUGCAAAAAAAUGAACCAAUUGCUGUUGCAAAGACACGCCGAUCCAAACUUGGCCAACGCAGAGGGUCAUACUCCUCUGCAUGUUAUAUGUCAGAGAGAAGACGACGAUGUUGACUUGGUGAAGAUGUUAUUCGAGAUGAGUGACAAAUUGAAUAAGCCGAUCCAGAUCGACGCCCGGGACAAAUUCGGCUGCGCACCAUUGCACUUGGCUUUGAAUGGCGGCCACGAACAAAUAGCCGAAUGGCUGCUGAGAAGAGGAGCUGAUAUAAAUUUAGCCAACGUGAAAGGAUCGACACCGUUGCACAUGAUUAGCGCGGGAAAAAUGGACUACGCUGACUUUUUGCGGACGUUUUUCGAGAUCAGCGACGAGCAAAGGCGGCCGGUGAAGGUCGACGCACGCGACAACGAAGGCAAAACGCCGCUUCACCAUGCUAUAAGUCACCGACACAAGAAGCUGUUUGAAUUACUGCUGAGAAGAGACGUCGAUCCGAAUGUGGCCGAUAACGAUGGUUCGACAGCUCUGCACACGAUUUGCAUGGCCGACGACGACAACGGCUGGGCGACGAUGUUGUUUGAAAUCAGCGAGGAAAGGAAUCGACAGGUGCAGAUCGAUGCUCGGGGCUUGUACAACUUAACACCACUACACCUUGCACUGGUAAAAAAAGAGCUCAGGGAGGUGGCAGAAUUGCUUCUGAGAAAGGGCGCCGCUACGAAUUUAGUCGAUUCGGAGGGCUCGACUCCUCUGCACACGGUUUGCAAGUACGCCGAUGACGAUGACCGCGUGAGGAUGUUGAUCGAGAUCAGCAACGAAGAAAAUAAGCCGGUCGAGGUCGACGCCCGGAAUAAGUUGGGCCGGACGCCGCUACACCGGGCCCUGGCCAAAGGAAACGGUCAGGGGGUCAGGUAUCUGCUGAAAUUAGGCGCCGACCCCAACUUGGCAGACAAGAAUGGAUUCUCGCCGUUGCAUGUCAUCAUCAAGCAUCGUUACGACGACGAUAAAUUGUUGAAGCUGUUCUUCGACGCCUGCAAAGAGGUCGAUCGGCCGGUGCAGGUCGAUGUCCAAGACAAGAACGGCCGGACGCCUUUGCAAUGGGCCGUAGCGAAUCUGUACCUGAACGUGGUCGAUGUACUUCUGGAUCAAGGCGCCGAUCUGUCCAGCUUCGUUUUUCCCAGCAAGAGCUUUUUCGUCGAGAGAUUCGGAUCGAUACGUGAGAAGGACGAACGUGAACGGCUUGGGUUCAAAUUAGCAUUAGCGUCUAAAAUUGUUGACGUAGUAGAGCGUCUCGAGGAAAGAGGAUAUGAAUUUAAUCGUAGCGAAGCCCUGGAUAUCAUGAGUUUGUUCGCCGAGUACGGAUUGUUUGAAAAGUCAGUGGACCUUGACGAAUAUUGUUACGACGACGAAGAAUUUGUGAGCAAAUCGAAAGAGAUAAUGGUGAUUCCUAGUCUGUCGCUUCACGACCUUAUCCGAUUGAGCCCGAAAGAGGCGGCAAAACAACUAAAACAUGAGAACUAUGUCGAGUUAGCGCGCUCGAACAAAUUGUCGGAUCUUCCCGAAGGCCACAGGGAGGUUUGUGCUCGGCAUCUGUGCGAAAAACUGUCAAGAGGAUUUUUCUGGCCUUGGGCACUGGAUGCGUUCUAUGAACUGCAACGCUACCAGCUACCGGUCAUAUGCUGUGAAAUGAUCAUUGAAAACCUAAAGAACGAGGAUUUAUGUAAUAUUUGCUUGGCAUCCAUACUAGCACCGGCGAAAGCUCGUGAUUUCUCGUUAGUUUCGUUGUCAUAA